AUGUCGUGCAUCAAAAAGCUUAAGCACCAUCAGCAGGUCCUGCAGGAAAUGUUCCCUAGGUCUCACCCAAGAUUCCGAAUUAUAUCAUGUACUCUGGACGAGAUAUCGUGUUCUUUUAUUUGUGAUAACUGUUAUUUAGAGAUUACAGGUAGUCUGUUGGGUACAUAUCCACAAUCAUCUCCAAUAUGGUUUUCCGAUUCUGAUGACACGUUUGUCACACAAAUUUUCCGAGGACUACAAACAGUUGAGCCAAGCAACUAUACGAUUGAUCGUCAAGUAAAGAUACUUGUAACGGAAUUAUGUCGAUACAAAAAUUUGCCAUAUCCUCCUGAAUUGAACAAUCUCUGUCCAGACUUUAGUCCUGAACCUCUUCCUGUCGACACUAUUUCUACUGCUGAACCUCGUCAAUCAUCUUCUGGCGACGGGAAUAGUGAUGCAGAAGAUACUGGUUUCGAAGAUGAAGAUGUGACAUUGAACGAUCCAUUUGAAGUUUCUAUUACGGGUGAUGAUCGUCCUGAAUAUGAUGGUAUUUCAUCCCAAGAUGCUGAACAGUUGGAAAAACUCAAGGCUACACAAAUACAAGGAAUUACUAAGGGUUCAAUUCAAUCAUCUGACCGUUUGAUGAAAGAGCUAAGAGAGAUUUAUCGAUCAGACAGUUACAAACAAGGUAUUUUCACUGUUGAACUACAAAAUGACAGUCUUUAUAAUUGGAAAGUUAAAUUAUACAAAGUUGAUGAGGACAGUGGAUUGCAUAAAGAUCUUCAGGAACUUACAAAUCAUCCCAAAUUAGAAGAUCAUUUAGGAUUACAAUUUCUAUUCAAAGAAACAUAUCCUUUUGAGCCACCAUUUGUCCGUAUUCUUUAUCCAGUGAUUGAAAAUGGUUAUGUUUUAGCCGGUGGAGCAAUUUGCAUGGAAUUAUUUACAAAACAAGGUUGGUCAAGCGCUUAUGAUAUCGAAUCAUCUAUCAUGCAAAUAGCUGCAACUUUAGUGAAAGGUCGUGCACGUAUAAAUUUUAGCGCAACAGAUUAAAAAAGAAACAAAGAAAUUUCAUCGUUGGAUUGUUCACAUCUCUAACUGUUUAAUCGAUCGAGGUUAUUCACAACAUUUUGUAUAUUCAAUACGUGUGUUGCAUCCAGUGAAUAAUGCUAGUUUUCCAUUCGUUCAGUGUCUGAGUGCUGCACAUAGAGGAAAGAAUGGAUUGUUCACCUUAACAAAACGAUAUAUAUAAGAUACAAACCACCUGAAAACAUUUUAAAGUGUGUUAUUACCUAAGUACACACACAACUAUAUGUCAUAAAUUAUUAUUCCAAAGAUAAAAGAUCAUUAUUCCUUGUUAAUUUCUUAUUCCUUCAGAUUUAAUAUUUUCAUUUUUCUCAUUGCUUGUGGAAGCCAGUAAGAAUUUUAAUGCAGCCAUCAAUUUUUGACCUUCUGUAAUAUAAAAUGAAGAAAUAAUACAGUGUAAAAUGUUUCAUCUUUAUAUUCAAUUUAAUUAAUUAUUCUAUCUAAUAAGAAUAUUGUAUUAAUCAGUAGAUAUUUACAUCAACUGAAAAUGCCUC